CAUCAUGCAAGACAGUCGUAAAUACUCUCCCAUGGAAGUGUGUAACUCAUCUAAGUGGAUACGAUGAGUUAUAUCUCCUGGAACCGACCGACAGCUUUCAGACAUUCGUUUUAUGGGGAUACGUAUGUUGCUGCUUAAAUAUAGACUGACGACUUACUCUAUCACAUGUUUAUUAUCACCAAUCAUCGUGACAUGUGUUUGUUGAAACGGUGUUUUACGCUGCGUCGUACAGAUCCUUCUAUGGUUUAACAUAUUUCUAGAUGGCUUUUUAUUCUUGAACAUUGAAAUCGUUUUUAACAAAAAUGCAUAUAUACAGAGGUGUUUUAAACACUACACUAGAGCUGCAUUUUGCAUAAAUCUUCGUUUGCUGUAUAUAACACCUUGCCUUGGUUAUCUUAAAGCAGGCAUUGUAGUUGGCAACAAUACAUUCCACGCAUUCAAAAGAAAGCUCGUAUUUAUUUCUGCCCGCAAACAAAGGUCUUUUAUCUGUUUAUACCAAAUAGUUUAGCCGAACGAUGUCGGUAAGUUUAUGUUACCUGUGAGGUUUAUAAACCGUCAUUGUUUUUGAACAUUGACAGAGACAUAGGAGGGACGUUCCGAGCCACAUACACCAGAUCUCUGCUGCUGCUGCUGAAGUGCAACGAUAAACAUGCGAACACGAAGUCGGUUCAUAAUCCUUCUUACAACAGCUGUUCUUCUACUGUUUAUUUUGUAUUGUGAAAUCUUUCAAUCAGGAGUGGAAACCAGUUUUCGUAGUAUAACCAGACCUGGUUCACUUAAUAUACGUGCAGCCGAUUCCGACAAUGCAGGUCCUGUUCCCGUCCUCAUAGUAAGCUACAUGAGGAGCGGAUCAUCCUUCACGGGUGACGUCAUAGCGAGUUAUCCCUCAUCGUUCUACACAUUUGAACCACUAAAAUGGAGUAUGCAUAAAUUAAUCAAAAAUUCUACAAUUGAAUUGAUAAAUGGAACAACCAUAUCAACAUCAGGAACAUCGGCCGACUUAGCUGCCGAAUUUGUAUAUGGUUGGCUGACGUGUAAUUUUGACAGGCUGGACAAAGAGUCCGUGGUCAGCAUGACUAAAACUCGGUCUACAACAUCAUUUAAGAUCUGUUUGAAAAAAGGCAAAACGUACAAGAACGAAACAGUAUUACGGACUUGUCUGAAAAUCCUUCAGAAACAAUGUGAAUUGAGUAAAAUACGUCUUGUCAAAGUAAUCCGUGUAAGAAUGAGAACUACUGUUGAAAUUCUGCUGAAAAGGGUACCCGGUUUGAAGGUGAUCCACUUGUUUCGUGACCAAAGGCCGAGACUUCUUUCAGCGGAAAAGACUCCUUACAUGUUGUGGUAUUCCUUAAAACAAACGGCAAAUCUUGCAUGUUCUGCCGCCUCUGAUGACCUUGAAAUGCAUAAAGUAAUGAGACGAGAAUAUCCUGGACAGUUAGAAACACUUCUGUAUGAAAAUCUAGCUGAAGAUCCAAUUGGAACUGCGAAGCGCUUAUUUGAUUUUCUUAAUUUGCCAUUAACAAAAACUUCUAUCGAAGGCAUUCAAAAGAUGACAACGGCAUCAACCGAAUUUCGAUGCAAUUUUUGUACACAAAAAAAAAAUUCUACAAAGACAGCGCAUGCAUGGAGAACUAAAAAUUCUUCCGAUUUCAAAAAGAUCAAACUGAUAGAGAUGGAAUGUGAGAACAUCCAGAGAGUUCUUGGUUACGUACCGAUAAAGGAUAUGGAACAGCUGAGGAACAUGUCUUUCGAUUUAAGAAUUGUAACUCCAUUUACUGCUGACGUGUUGUAGAUGUACAGAGGAACUUUAUUUUUACAUACAUAUCGGUUCCUUAAAUAAUAUCCAAAUAGAAAAAGGGAGAAUGGUUGCAUAUCUCAAAAAGUUUUAAGGGGAAAAAGGAAAUGUAUUCAUCGGAAUUUGUAGUAUUCCCCUGUUGUACACGCGGUCCCUACCUUAUACUCAAAUUUCCCUUCUCAUAGUUUAUCAAUGUAGGCGUGUUGGUCACCAACGACAGAAGGCGACACGUUUGUUAACGUCUGUCAUCAGAGAUGGGAUGGUUCUCGCCAGGAUCAAAUUUGUUUUAGAUCCAUGUUUCUGUAAACCAGUAUGACUACCCGACACACGAUAGAUCACGUUUUUGAUAGAUUGAAAGGAACAUAUACCAUGUACAUGUGUACAUCGACGUCUUCUAUGAUCUUAAAAGCUUACAUUUGUAGUUCUACUUCUUCGCAUUCUAUUGUUAUCAAAAAGAGAUAUCCGGAACCGGUUUCAAGAACUUUCCUGAACACUAAUGAAGGUUAUAUAAGAGUAAGAAGAAAAUGUAUCAUAUUAGAGAAGAGACGGCCUUGGAUAUUUGUGAGUUGACACGAAAUAAAUACAGCACAUGGUCACAGCCAUUCGUCUCAAAUUUUUCAACUGAAAGUAGCAAGCCCAAUUGAAUUUAAUCAGAUUUUAAGCAGAUGUCCAAAAUUUCAUAUUUCUUUGCUCCGGAAUUGCUGAAUGUCGAAAAGAUACAAAUCUCUUUUUCUGUAUUUAUAUAAUGUAGACUUUUAAAGAUGACCACUACUUCCCCUACUAGGCCCCACUCCUUUGUACUCCAGACACUAUAGAUUUAAACAGAUGUUUUGGCAUAAUGAUGUUCAUUGCUAAAUUUGAUCAGAAUCCUUUCAUAGCUACUUGUGGAGUAGUCCGUGAAUGAUUUCCCUAUUUAACAUAUUGGGUCUCAUCCUUCAGCAAGUUGAGGGAUAAAUACCUUAUCCAUGCUCUAUCUGAGAGAUAUAAUUCCUUCAGUCGAAAAGUCAAUGACGGGUAGCUCAUUUUACCAUUUGGGCUUUGUGAGAUGUUUAGCGAUGUAGCACUAUUAGAAAGUUAAACCAAUCUAAAGUAAAAAUCGUAGACAUCUUUAAUACAAAAUAAGGAAAGGCUGUUAUGUCAAGAUCCGCCGUUAAUUUCCCAAUUACAGAUCUGUCCAAAAUGACAUCUUCCAUUUAUAAAUAUUCAAUUCCCUUUGCCCAAAGAUUCACUAGAACAAGUUUGGUUAAAAUCCCUUCAACGGUACAGGAGAAGGAUCUUUAAUAUUUUCCUCUAUUUCACCUAAUGGAUCCCCACUCAUCUGGGGGUCCACACACCUCAGUUUAAACAAAAUUAAUUAUUUUGUCCCUAAGCAUGCUUCAGACUGCAUUUG